AUGAACGACUCGUCGAAGGACUACAAGGGCGAAGUCAUCGCACCGGUCCACAGCGACGUUGUCGACGAGGGCGUCCUUGGCCGCGACAAGGAGGACGAGGAGGAGAUGCAGGACGCGGACGUUCUCCCUGCUGCCGAGGAGUUUGGCGACCCGAAUGACCCGCUCGCCGUCCGCCGCGAACACAUCGUCGAGGGCGAGCGCUCGACCCGCGCCAAGGACUUCGAGGACGUCUUUGCGAAGGAGAACGAGCUCGACAAGGCUGUCGAGGACGUCGUCCAGGCCAACAUCGGGCGCUCGGCGAUGAGGUAG